CCGCAGAUUGUAUCCUAUGCAGAUGGAGACGGUAUAUGGUAGCAGUGCACACAAUGCACGUAACUCGCCGGACUUGAUAUUUUACAGCUUCUACACCGUGGCAAAACAGGGAAGGAUGAUUAGCGCAAGCUGAUUCACUGGCCUUCGUUUGCAGAUCGGUCCCGACUUAUAUUGCCGAUCUCUUAUCUAUUCAGCGCCAGACCUUGCAAAUGUACAUGUAAUAAACUUCCAUAUCCCAAGUUGACACCAACUCAGCUUCUUCAGUAUCAUUCCACUUCCUUCCACCGCCAUCAAUAAAUAGCAAUAAUGACAUCCCUUACGCAGGCCCUCAAACGUGCCCAACAGACCUAUGCCAACCGUAACCGCAAGUCUUAUGAGGCACAUCAGGCUGCCUCUCGGCAUCUUCCAGGUGGAAGCACUCGUUCGUCAAUUUUCAUUCACCCCUUCCCUCUGUGCAUUCAGAAGGGCCAAGGUGUGAAAAUCACGGAUCUGGACGGACACGAAUAUGUGGACUUUGUGUCUGAUUUCACGAGCGGCAUAUAUGGAAAGAGCCAUCCUGUUCUUAUAGAUGCUAUCAAAGAGGCUCUCGACAACGGACUUCAGCUCGGUGCUCACACCCUUGCAGAAACGACCCUCGCAUCUCAUUUCACAUCCCGAUUUCCCUCCAUUGAACUCGUCCGAUUUGCCAACUCUGGUACAGAGGCUAAUAUUUUGGCGAUAUCUACUGCUAUCAAACACACUGGUAGAAAGAAGGUGCUGGUUUUUGAAGGGGGGUAUCAUGGGAGCGUCAUGUCGCAUUUUCAUAUGAAGGGAGGAGAUGGGGACGAUUUGAAGGUGCCCUUCGAUUUUGUGGUAUGCUCGUAUAAUGAUCGCAAGGCAACCGACGCUCUCAUAUCUCAGCACCCAUCUGAAAUAGGAGCUAUCCUUGUUGAACCCAUGCUUGGCGCUGGUGGAUGUAUCCCCGGUGAUCCUGCAUUCCUUCAAUUCCUCCGGGAGAAAGCUUCUUCGAUCGGCGCCGUGCUCAUUUUCGAUGAAGUUCAAACUGCUAGACUUUCGACUGGAGGGCGCCAAAAGAUUCUGGGCAUCACACCCGACUUGACUACCGUUGGCAAGUUCUUUGGUGGGGGUUUCGCCUUUGGAGCCUUUGGGGGGAAGAAGGAAAUUAUGGAGAAAUUUGACGCGAGGAAGGGAGGUGCAAUAUCACAUGGAGGGACCUUCAACAACUCCCCGCUGACAAUGGUUGCCGGUGCCACAGCGAUGGAGAAGAUCUUGACUGAGGAUGCGCUGAAGAACUUGAAUAAGUUGGGUGAUUGGAUGAGAGAAGAGAUCAACAGGAUGUUCACAAGCGAUGGAUCGCCUUUCCUGAUGACUGGGCUAGGUUCCAUCAAUCAAUUCCAUUGCACUCUCUCAUCAAACCAAAAUCAGGUUCUGGAUCUUCUUUUUUUCUACCUUCUUGAGAGGGGAUUCUGGAUAGCUCAGCGAGGACUCGUCAGUCUGAGUUUUGCCAUGACCAAGGAAGACGUGCAAAGGUUUAUCGAGGCGGCAAUAGAAGCUACACAAAAGGUGAAAGCAACGCUGAAGUAGAAAGUGCCGACGCGCAGUUCCAUAUUUCUACAUAUCAUACAUGACCAAUGGUCUAAUGAUGUGUCUAUUGGUACAAAAACAAC